CAACCCUCUCCUUAUUCUUCUUCAAAUUUAUGUUUUUCACCCUACUUUUUUUUAGCAUUUGCGAUUAACGUUACUUCAUAAGUUUAUUUUGCAUUACUUUUUAUCGUGAUGAGUGAUUUUUAUGGUAUUAAUUUAGUUACGAUUUUAUUACAGACGACAUUCCAAAAGUUCACGCUUGGGUUACGGUGGAAUGAUGAUACAAAAGAGACUGGAAAGGAGGUACGUUACAUCGGUGGUAAUUUUCAUAAAAGUGAAGGUCGCUACGAGACUGAACCUUGAAGAGCUCCGUCAGUGUACUGCGGUUACUUGCAUGGAUGUAACGAGGAGAGUUGGUCGUAUGGUGUAUCGAUAUCCAAACAAAGAAAGCGCGUCGUUAUGGCAUGAGGAAUUUCUCAUAACAACUCAUGCGGAAGUAGAUGCCAUGGUCGAAUUUUUUAUCACCAAUAACCAAUCAAAAGCAGAGAUGUUUGUUUAUGUCGAGGCGGUCGAAGGAGGUGGAGGUUAUUCUGGAGAUGGCCAAACAUCUAGAAUCCACAAUGGAUGUGGAUUAUAGGAAGAUUAUCCCUACCAAGGUUAACAUGAUCCUUAUUCCUAUCAUCAGUACCAAGAGAGUAGUGGAGGUCAUCAUCAAUCCUUCCCAUUAUAUAAAGAAGAAGCCCAACGGUACCAUAACAAUCAACAAGAAGGCUAUCACAUACCCGCCCAUUGCCCACACCUACUGCCAGGUCCAGUUAGUGACCUUGAGGAUGAAGAAGAGGAAGGAAAUGUUAGUGCAGACAACUUCGACUCUCUUGAAGGUGAUGAUGAUUCAGGACCAGAUUCAGAUAAAGAUGAUGAUGAUGAGGUGUCUCGUGACCGUGUACCUAUCUCACGCUACAAUCACGUUCCAAAUGAAAAUUGGUAUGUUGAUGCCGACAUGGAGCCGCCAGAGGUGCUAGUAUGGGGUCCACUCACUAGGUUUACGAAGGGCUAACAAUUUGGUACGAAGAAGGAGGUGUAGGACACUGUUGACACUGAAGCAAUGACUCGGAGUUUUGAAUAGCGCACAACUCAUUCUGAUCCAAAGAGGCUCAUAUUUAGAUGCCAAAAUCAACACUAGGGAUGCAAGGCUAGGGUCCACGCCAUCAAAAGCAAGAGAGUUGGCCAUUGGUUCAUAUCUCGUGCGGGGAACACUAACACAUGUGUAAUCGAGGGUGGUUGUAGUGGCUAUCAAGUAUCUUAUUGAACAACAACCCAACUUGAAGGUGAAUGCCAUCAUCGCCGAUAUUUCUAGUCAUUAUCAAUAUAUUAUUAACUUUAAGAAGGCGUGGCAUGGAAAGUAGAAAGCCAUGGCCAUCGUGUUUAGUGACUGGGAAGAAUCAUAUGCAUUCCUUCCCAGAUUAAUUUUGGCAUUGGAGGCGUCUAACCCUGACACUGUUUUCUCCCUCUGCUACCCGGGUACAAACGCCAUUUCAAACAUCUUUUCUGGUCAUUCAAGCCAUCAAUUGAUUGUUUUUCCUUCUGCGUACUUGUGAUGCAAGUGGACGACACAUUCCUUACCGACAAGUACAAGGGCACUCUCUUGAUUGUCAGUGGAGUGGAUGCAAACAGACGUGUCUUUCCCUUAGCCUUUGCCAUUGUUGAAGGGAGAGAAUACCAAAAGCUAUGGAUGGUUCUUCAGAUAAAUUCAGCUCCACGUCAUCAGGAGGACGAACCAGACAAUCAUCUUUGAUCACCACACUGGGAUCAGACCUGCCAUCUUAGGCUUGGAUCUAGUCUAGAAGUGGUCACAGAGGUGGUGCAUACGACACUUCAAGAGCAAUUGGAACCAUCAUUUCAAGAGGAGAAAGCUUGUUGAUAAUCUAUGAUAGACCGGUAAGCGUUCUAUUUAAUUGGUGAGUUAAUUUUGUUAACUGGAAAGGUUGCUAGGAAAUAGAAUGCAACACUUACUUACAAUGCAGUCAAAAUCGGGAUUUUGAUCGUAAAAUAGUAGGAUUUUAGGAUUUUACUUAGGGAUUCCGAUCCUGAUUUGAUCGUAAAAUCGUAGGAUUUUAGGAUUUUACUUAGGGACUCCGAUCCAGAUUUUACUAUAAAAUCGGUGGACCUUAAAAUCAUUUAAAAUCGGGAUUAAAAUCGUUAAAAUCGU